AUGAGCGGCAACAAAUUCCCCGUUGACCUGAAGCAAUUCAAGCAGCUGAAGCUUGACCCUCAAAAUAGCACUCUUUCUGCCGAGCAGAAGAAAGACCUCCUCCACAACAUCAACAUCUUCCGCGAUGCCAUCAUCGCCUUCACUGCCACUGGUGCCGCUCGCGGUGUGUCUGGUCACACCGGUGGUCCCUUCGACACUGCCCCAGAGGUGUGCAUUCUGCUGGCCAUGAUCAAUGCCAACCCCAACAACUUUGUCGAUGCCCUCUUUGAUGAGGCCGGCCACCGUGUCGCCACCCAGUACCUUCUGGCUGCGUUGGAUGGCAAUAUUGACCCAGAACACCUCCUCAACUACCGUGAUGCCAACUCCAAGCUUCCCGGUCACCCCGAGUUGGGACUCACACCUGGCAUCAAAUUCAGCUCCGGUCGUCUGGGUCACAUGUGGGGUAUGGUCAACGGCAUUGCCAUGGCCAACCAGGGUAAGAACGUUCUGAUGCUGGGCUCGGACGGCUCACAGCAAGAGGGCAACGACGCCGAGGCUGCACGCAUUGCUGUGGCCCGUAACCUGAAUGUCAAGCUCUUCAUUGACAACAACGAUGUCACGAUUGCUGGCCAUCCCUCCCAGUACCUCAAGGGCUACGAUAUCGCCAAGACCCUCGAGGGUCACGGGCUGCACGUUGUCCGUGCCGAGGGCGAGAACCUGGACUCUCUUUACCCCGCCAUGGCUGAGGUCAUUAGCCACAAGGGCCCGGCUGCCGUUGUCAUUAACCGAACCAUGGCGGCUGGCAUCGAGGGCAUUGAGGGUGAGACUCAUGCGCACGAUGUCAUUACGGUCGACGUCGCUCGCAAGUACCUCACCAAGCGAGGCUACAGCAAGGAGCAGCUUGCUUUCUACGACGACAUCAAGGCCCGCUCCAACCCUCACCAGUAUCAGGGUAGCACCAAGGAGAAGGGUGGUAACCGAGUCAUCUUUGGUGAGGCUGUCAACUCCAUCCUCAAUGGCUUGAGCAAGGAGGAAGCGGCUCGUCGGGUCAUGGUCAUUGACUCCGACCUUGCUGGCUCUACCGGUCUCAAGGCAAUUGGUUCUGAGCACCCUGAGGUCUUUGUUCCCUCUGGUGUCAUGGAGCGUGGUAAUUUCUCUGCGGCUGCCGGGUUCGGUUUCGGCAGCAAUGGUGAGCGCCAGGGUGUCUUCUCCACAUUCUCCGCGUUCCUGGAAAUGUGUGUUUCCGAGAUCACCAUGGCUCGCCUGAACAACUGCUCUGUUCUCUCUCACUUCUCCCACAGUGGUGUUGACGAGAUGGCCGACAACACGUGCCACUUCGGUCUGAACAACUUCUUCGCCGACAACGGCCUCAUGGAUGCCGAGGUGACCUCCCUCUACUUCCCUGCCGAUGGCGAGCAGAUGAAGGCGGUGGUCAACAAGGUGUUCUGGGACAAGGGCUUGCGCUUCAUCUUCUCCACUCGUUCCAAGGUGCCCUACAUUCUCAAGGAAGGUACUGACGAGAAGCUGUACGGCGAGGGCUACAAGUUUGUUCCGGGCAAGGAGGAGAUCAUUCGCAAGGGCACUGCCGGUUACAUUGUCACCUAUGGUGACAUGGUCUACCGCUCCCUCGAUGCCGUCGAGCGUCUCCGCAAGGAAGGCCUUGACGUCGGUCUGAUCAACAAGCCCACUCUCAACAUUGUUGACGAGGACGCCAUCCGCGAGUACGGCUCGACUCCCUUCGUCUUGGUGGUGGAGUCUCUCGCCCAGAAGACCGGUCUCGGAUCCGCUUGGUACAAGACUAUGGGUGCCGUCAAGGAAGGCUGUGGUGGCCUCUUUGAGCAGAUCAACGCCCAAGGCCUUGGCCCCGACGACAUCGUCAAGGCUGUCAAGGACAUUGCCGGCAAAUAA